AUGAAUGUUUUCCUUUGCCUCUCGUGCAUUCUGGUAAUAAACACACUCCUCCAGAGCUGCCCGGUCAGAUGCGACGAAUUAAAUAUAAGUGACAAGGGGAAGAUGUUGUACGAUUAUUUGUUCACCCCCAAGAUGAAGGGCCCAAAAGAUGGGGGGACGGAGCAGGAUGCCCAAGGGGGCGGGGACAAGCACGUGUUGUAUAAAACAUCGGAAGUACAAAUUAGGCACCACGAAGAAGUGCACACAGGAGGAAUGGAAAAUAUUGAUCACAAGAAGGAGUUUAAAAAGCAUAUGAACAAGCUAAAAAUGCUACAUAAAAGUUUAAAAAGCAAGGAUAGAAAUGCAUACGGUCAGGUAAAACCAAGUGGAGGCGAGAGUGUGCACAACACUGAUGGCACACUGCCGGAUACCCAUCCUAAGGGAGAGGAGACGAGUGAAGAAAGCCUGGCCAAAUAUGUACAGAACGAAAUAAAGAACAACGAGAAAUUAAAUAAAGAAAAAAAAAGCUACGAAGAAAUUAACUUACUGGAGGAUAACUCAAAGAAAUUACAAAAGGAUAUUCAUACCUGGCUCCAGUCAGUACAGAACAUAUCGGAAAAGACCAACAAAUUGAAGGACAUUAAGACCCAGCUGCUGAACAACAUCGCCUCGUUAAAUCAGACCCUGACGGAAGAAAUUGAAAAUAUAAACGAGAUUAGAAAGUUGCAAAAGGAACAGAAUGAAAUAUUUUCAGAAAAUUGGCUCUACUUCCUGCCCUCCACGUCGGACAACUUGGCCAGCGAGGGGCGGGACGGCAAUUUUCAAGUGUUGAACUACUUGGAGGAGUUUAACAGGAGGGACGCUCCGCACGUGAGUGAUGAGCACGCGAGUAGGGGACACCCAAACGGUGGGCUUCCAAAUGGGGGCCUUCCAAAUUGGGGGAAAGUUCAUAAGACAAACACGGACACCAACAGCGGGGAGAAGUCGUCCGACUCCCGCAGCUUCUGCAGCGUGCUCGUCCUGCUCGCGAUUGCCUUUCUUCUCAGUUAG